AUGAAGAUUGGAAAUGCGUUUUGCGACACAAUCAAACACUUAAUAGGAAGUGUUUCUCUAGAUUCUAUCCUCGUCCCGGUUAUUGUAUUCUUUCGAGGCUUCGCGCGAUCACAACAUCUCCUUGGAGGUAAAGAUGGUGAUUGCAUGUUUUCAUGCGAUUCAUGCGCGAUGGGACUCACAGCGCUUCUUGUGAGUUGUGAAAAUAGAUGGGGUUUUGUGUAUGUUGGAGUUUAUAACAAAGCAUUUGUGCAAGCUUCUUCUGAUACUUGGGAGAUGUUCAUGAAAGUUGGAUUACAGGAACUGAUACAUUUGGAUCUCACUGGUGCAUUUUGUUUCCUGAGUGGUGUUGCAGUAGCUGCAAUUUGUUGUCUUGUGAGUGGAAUUUGGAGUCUUAUAGUGUACAAAGACUAUGCCAUGGAACUAUCCAUAUAUGCUUUCAUCAUUGGCUAUUUCAUUUGUAGGUUGGCAAUUGCAUGGCCACAAGCAUCUGUUUCAGCUUACUAUGUAGCCUACGCGCAGAAUCCACAGGACAUGCAAUUUGAGAAAACGAUAAAAGUACGUUUGGAGCAGCUUCAUGUAUCGCAUUUAUAA